CACGCAUAUGAUCACAUAAUUUACCGUUAGUCACAAAUAACUAAUUUUUUCUUUUCUUUUAGGUGAUGCAUCUGAGGUCAGUGUUGCAGAGGAGGGCAGCUCCAGACUGAGAUGGCUCAUAGUGGAUCAGAUGCGUGUGAGACGCAGCUGAAUGGAGUCUCAGAGGAGAUGGAUCUGCUUCGAAUAGACGUGGAGACUGAUGUGGUGGAGGACAGGCCAGGGAGAGAAGCUGCACCGUUUUCUAGGAACGUGUUGAGGAAGCAGCGACACUGGGAGAGGCAGCUGGCAGCGAAGAAGAGCAAGAGGAAAGAAGAGAAGCAGAGGAGGAAGCUCAACCAUGAGCAGGUGUCAGCUGCCAGUGCAGAUAAUCCUCAGCUUACCAAACGGGUCAUGAAAGCGAUCACCAGAGAACGUUUAGCUGAGGCUCAGUCCACGGGGCUCAAAGUCUGUGUUGACCUGAGUAUGACCGACAACAUGUCUGAGAAGGAGGUAUGUCGCCUGGCUGGCCAGUUAAGAAGGCUGUACGGGUCGAACAAGAAGGCGACUCGGCCGUUUCACCUUCUCCUGACGGACCUGAGGGAGGACAGCCGGCUCUACAGAGAGUGCCUUCGAAUGAACGAAGGCUUCCUCAACUACGCGAUGGAUAUAACAGAAGAAAGCUGUGUGGACCUUUUUCCUCCAGAAACUGUCAUCUACCUCACACCAGAUGCUAAAGAAGCGUUAGAAACAGUGGACGCUGACAAGGUGUACGUCCUCGGUGGCCUUGUGGAUGAAAGCGUCCAGAAGAAGUUGAGCUUCUUGAGAGCCAGAGAACUGAGCGUUCACACGGCGAGGCUGCCCAUAGACGAGUACAUGGUGAAGAAAAACAAUGCCAAGAACUUCCACUCCAAGAUCCUGGCUGUCAAUCAAGUGUUUGACAUCUUACUGACUUUCUGCAACACCGGCAGCUGGACAGAAGCCCUGCAGGCCGGGUUCCCCCAGGGGAAGGGUUAUGUUGUUGCGCCAGAGGAUUGCCCGCCACAUCCUGUCUCUCAGUCAGAAACCUAGCAUGUGGAUUCAAUUUCAUUCAUGCUUUAUACAGAACUCUUUUUCCAUCCAUCUCAAAUACCUAAGGGGAGUUGCGACAAUGUGAUAAGUGCCUGUUUUUAAAAAAUAGCAAACUUUUCUUCAACAUUUCUUGGUAUUGUGUACAUUGAAACAAAAAAAAUGUCAUAUUUUGUUUGAUGCUGAAUUCCAGAAUUUUAUAAAACGGAGGAACUUUUCUACUUUUUAACGUUCUCAGGGGUCUUUUGUUUUUUAGUUCAUUAGUGAACGACAGCAUUGUGAACAAUGACAUUUCUUUAUGGUUGAUGAAUCCCUGAAGCUUAAUCAGAUAAAAAUCAAAGCCAUGAUUAUCUUUACAGGGAGAUUGCUUCUUUUGUUUUCUUUGUGUGUCCCUUCAAAGAUUUAUGUUGUUGGAACACUGUUUGUCUCAUCAGUUUUCAAUUUUGUGAACCCUUUUCUGAAAGCUGCUUGUUGACUAAAUGAUUUAAAAGAGGCAGCCUGUGCUGGUCUUUGUACAUCAACUGUUGUAUAUUGUGGAUGUCUACUGUAAUCCCUUGUUUUAUCUUCUUGUAUGUUUUACUGUAAAGCAGCGCCGUUGCACUUUUAUAGAUUUUUCAGAUUGCUGAUAAACUUGCUAGACUAACACGUCUGUGGUUUAUUCUUCAAUGGGUUUUGGUUAACAUGACGG